CUGGCUUCUAGCAUUUUUCAUUAGCUCUCAAUAGUCAGCUCUGAGCUUCCAAAGCCAUUGAGCCAGGAAGGUCAUGUCACUAAGGCGAUGGAGAAUGAGAACCAAACGGUGGUUAUUGAAUUUCUCUUCACUGCAUUCCCCCAUUUCCAGGAGGGUGGUUUUCUUUUCUUCAUCCUCCUGCUCUUCAUUUACCUAUUCAUCAUCAUAGGUAACUCCAUGGUCUUCAUUGCUGUCUUUCUAGACUCUCGUCUUCACACACCCAUGUACUUCUUCAUUGGUGUCCGCUUUCUGGAGAUUUGGUACACCACGACCACCAUCCCAAAGAUGCUCACCAACUUGAUAAGUGAGCAGAAGACCAUCUCCAUUGCUGGUUGCCUCCUGCAGAUGUAUUUCUUCCAUUCCAUUGGUAUCACUGAAGUUUACCUCUUGACCACCAUGGCCAUGGAUAGAUAUCUGGCCAUCUGCUAUCCUCUCCGCUAUCCAACCAUCAUGACUUCACAGCUUUACAUUCGACUGACCUUGGGCUGCUGCUUCUUUGGCUUCUUUACUCCACUUCCUGAAAUUGCUUGGAUUUCCACACUGCCAUUUUGUGGUCCAACUCAAAUUAACAACAUCUUCUGUGACUUUGACCCCGUACUGAACCUAUCUUGUGUAGACACAGGCUCUAUUGUGUUGAUUAAGGUCGUGGAUAUUGUCCAUGCCAUAGAGAUCAUCUCAGCCAUUUCACUGGUGACUUUGGCCUAUAUCCAGAUCAUUGGGGUGAUUCUAAGAAUCCGAUCAUCUGAGGGGCAUCACAAGGCCUUCUCCACCUGUGCCUCCCAUCUUGCUAUUUUCUUGACCUUUUUUGGGAGUGUAGCCCUCAUGUACCUGUGCUUCAAUGCCAAGUAUUCUUUUUUUUGGGACACUACCAUUACUCUUAUGUUUGCUGUGUUAUCUCCUUUCUUCAACCCCAUUAUUUACAGUCUGAGAAACAAGGAGAUUAAGGGGGCCAUCAAAAAAUUUCUGUGUCAGUCAAAGGUUUUCACAUGCUCUUCCAGUUAACUGAAAUGGGGUAGCUGCUAAAAAGUAGAAACUGGAAAGCUUUAAGUACUAAAAAUGUGUGAUUCCACUGUGUAUAUAUAUCCCCCUCCUGGCUUCCACGGCUUCCUUCAAGUCCCAAUUAAAAUCCCACCUUCUACAGGAAGCCUAUCUGAAUCCUUCUUAAUUCUAGUGCU